AUGCCUCUUACUGAGGAUAUGAGAGCUGUGACAUGGUGUGAUGGAGACCUCGCCCAACUGGCAACAAAUGUUGAUGAUGGUUUCAUCAAAAAGUUCAAAGAUGCGAAGAUUUGGGUUUGUAAGCAAUCGGCUGCCCGAACUGGCACCGAACAACCAUGUGACUUGUGUCCUGGCUUCAAAAGCAUACACUUUCAACAAAAGAACUUCACGAUGCAGGAUGUGCCUAGAGGUGCUGACGAUUGGAAAGAUGAGGUUGUCGAAGUCAUACAGAAAGCUGAUUCGCUUGGGUUGAACCUGCCAGACAACAAGCGAAGGGCCUUAGCUGAGUUCAUUUGUGGAUUGCCUCAGAUUACACUCACGGCAAUAACACCCAGGAUUGUUAAGCAUGGCUUCUACCAAAAUGGCAUUCUGGCUGAGCAUAACAGUGAGUCUAAGUAUGCCUUCCCCAACCUGGAUAGGAUGAUUUCGACUUGCAGAACAACAAUCCCAACAACCCUCAGGCAGAAGUGCUGGGAUGAUUAUGCUAGGCUGGCUGCAUUCUAUAAUGCCUAUCCCUCCAAAUAUGCCAAGAAGACUGUUGACCCAGCUCUUCGACGAGGUUAUCAUGAGAAUCUAAGGCAAUACAUCGCAUUGGGCUAUCCACUAGCCAAAGAUGUGAAGGAUCUUGUAGAUGUGUUUGGUCUCAAGGCAGCAGACAAUCAGUGGAUCAAAUCAAUGCGCUAUAGGACAAAAAAUGGACAAGCUAUUCAGCUAGCUGAUCAGCACCGACGUGCCAUGCAUUACCUUAUGGAAUGUGGAUUGAAGCUUUGUCUUGCUCCUGCUUGUGACAUUUCUGUAAAUGCUGGCUGGGAACAGGCAACUGGAUGCUAUGGUAAGGAUUAG